CUAGGUGAUACAGCACAAGUUAUGAACUUUCUAAGAAACCUACACUCUUUUUGUAUAUUUUAUAUAUUUUGAAAAUCUUCUAUUUUUGCGCGUUAUGUCGGACCAAUCCAAUUGUUUUGACUCCAGGCGGCUAUGUCCACCACUCCAGCAGAAAGCGCUGCGCGUGUGCUUCCUACGGAACGGAGAUAGGCACUUUAAAGGCGUUAACAUGGCCAUCUCUCGUGCCUACUUCAAGGACCUGCAGGCGCUGCUCCAAGGAGUCACCCAGUCACUAGAACGCCACGUGGUUCUGCGAUCAGUAAUCGAGCAUUUCUGCCGCACUGACGGAUCGCCUAUAACAUCACUGAGUAGUUUCCGCGAAACCGAUAUUGUGAUUUGCUGCUGUAAAAACGAAGAAAUGGUUUGGCUCAAGUACAGCGUCAACAAGGACUUCAAGCGAAUGAUGGCUUCUUGUAAGCGUUGGCGCCAACGGCGCUUGUACAGUGGAAGCCUGAAGAGCAUGAUGCCCAAAUUGCCAUCGGUGAUGAGGUGCACGGUAUCGGCACUGGCGCAUAUGCACCAGCUCCAGGUGAUUCAUCGGGACAUCAAGCCGGAGAAUCUGCGGGUCUGCUUCACAUCCGGCGUGUGGAACUUCGAAAUGGUCAAAGUAGGGGACUUUGGCUUGGCCACUUACUAUCUUGGCAGCGACUUGUACACCUACUGCGGCACUCCAGGCUACAUGGCGCCCGAGAUGAUCGCCAUGUCGGGCUACGAUCACCAGGUGGACUCCUGGUCGCUGGGAGUUACUCUGUUCUAUAUGCUCUGCGGCCAGAGGCCCUUUGCUUGUGACAGUCAAAAUGCGAGUGAGAUCUAUGCUGCGAUCAUGAGUGGUGGGCCCAGCUAUCCCAAGGACAUGAAGGGAGUCCUUAGUCCAGAGGCCAGCCAGUUGAUCGACGGACUGCUAGUGAGCAAUCCCAUCUAUCGUUCCACCAUCGCUGAGCUCGGACAGCAUCCGUUCUCGGCCCUAAGCGCUGUUACCAAAUUUUUUUUAUUAUUUAGAUUUGCAAUCAUUUUGAAUAGAUUCAUGUUAGGCCGAGCACAAUAGGUCAAGAUUUAUGGUGGCAGUGAACGGUUUUAAUUGGCUUAAUGCCGUCAAAAUUAACUACGCAUGACACUACCGAUGACUGCACAGCGAUACUUGUAUGGACACAUAUAUUUGUUAUUAACGUCACAAUUUAUUUAUUAUUUGUGUUUGCACAAUGCAGCCAAAAUGCGCGUGAGUCGACGGUAAACACUGUGAUAUUACGUAUACGACACCUUGUACUCGAAUCCGAGCCAAGAUACAAGCGAGGGCCAUUGUUUGCGCCGUCUAUUUAAAUAGGGAGA